AUGAUGCCCGCAGUCGAGCCGGCUCUUCUGGAGCAGAAGUUUAAACGGAUGUCCUCGGAGGUGACCAUUCCUGGAUGUCAUGCUCACUUGGCAUUAGAUCAAUUGGUGGAAUAUCGUAACCACUUAGACAACCGGCUCGAUGGGUCGCUGAUUUCUGCAUUGAAUCGGCUUAUGAAUGUUUUCCAAAGCCGUUUAUUCCUGGCCCUGCUCGAUAUUCAGGACUUCUACGAGUCAACUUUAUUGGAUCCGAACAAGAACAAUGAGGAGAAAACCGCAGCCGCUUUGGAUGUGGCACUCAGAUGGGAGAAUAUAUCCAGUCCUUCAUUGGUUGCUUCCACAAUCGACCUGCGGCGAUCGAAUUCGAGCUAUAAUCUCAGUUCCUUUGAUCGGGCCAUCAACGUGACCGGCGGUUUGGAAGGCGAGUCGAUGAACUGUUUUGUAUCCAACACACAUCAAAAUAAUUACAGAAACCAAGUGGGCAAGUUACAACGUGAACGAUCUCAACGGCACCAAAGCAAUUCCACUUUGUCGUUUUCUAUGCCAAACUACUCUCCCUCUAUCCAUUCUCCGUAUAAAUGGACCGAUUACAGUCCCCCAGGGCUAGUUGAAUCGAAUCAUCGUUCUGGAAUCACUUAUUCAACGGAAUCCGGUGUCUAUGACAAUAUCCGUGUGCCCACUCCGGACAAACAGAUUCCGUCAACUAGACCGGUGGCCAAGCCACGUCAGCGUCGUCUGCGCAAGAUAAAAACGGCCCCUUUAAAUGCUCGGUCAGAUCGACAAUCAGCACCGCAUUGGACCGGAGACGUGGAUAUAUCGAAAUUGUCUCCGAGCAACCAAAAAUUGACCAUGGAGCAAACGAAUUCAAACCAGUUGCUGGACGAUGAAGACGAAUCGGUGAAUCCGCAAUGGGCCGGUCUGCUCAGUCAUUUGCCCAUCACAACCGAAGUGGUUAUUCAUAAGACUUCAGAAGGUUUUGGAUUUAGUAUAGCUGGUGGACGAUCUGUGGGUCCGGAUGGAGUGGAGAUUAGUACGGACAUUUUCGUCACACGAAUCAAUCCAGGUGGAGCUGCAGAUCGAGAUGGUGGUCUACAAGUUGGUGAUCGGAUAAUCUCAGUCAACGGGAUCAGUUUGAUUGGUGUAUCGCACGAGGAAGCGGUUCGCGCACUGCAACUGGCCGGUAGUCGUCUGAAAUUGGUGGUUGAACGCCGCAAUCCACAAUCGAUCUCCGAGGCCAGCUCAUCCAUAUCCUUACCACCAGCUCCCUCUAUCGGACCCAAGACCAUGACAAAUUUACCCACAGUUCCCGUGUCUACCUCACCCGUGGCACGAACCAGCGGUUCCGGGGCCAGUACAGGAAGCGCCGGUGCGAUGAGUAUGAGCAGUGCUGGUCUUACCAAUACUAGCCUGGUUAGUGGCUCAUUGUUUGAUCCAGGCACCAGCAAACAGACACUAAGCUCAGGUGGAAGUCGAUCCGCGGGCCGCGGACGACCGGCCACUUCUGAGUCCGGUGUAGUCCAAUCAGAACCACCGUUGCCAGGUUGGUCGCCGGCAGAGAAACCGGAAGAAGAACAACCAACCCGUACAAAGCGCCAGUCUUCCUUGGAUAUGGGCUAUAUGAACCAACUGGAUUGCAAAUUAUUCUCUGGCAUGGUUAAAUCGGCCACAGUAGAUCGAAAGUCAAAAAAGAAUUUGAUACCUGCAAGCUUUCCCGCAUUUUCCUGGUGCACCGGCCUGCAGAAGCCAACAGGGUGUGCUGCCAUGUUGGGCGGGCAUCGUAGCUUGCCCGGAAGCAGUGCCUCUAGUCGUCGAACCCCGACUGGGAGUACGGAAUCCCGCGGUGGCAAAUAUUCGGUCACCACAAGUGGUGGGUGUGUGAGUAUCAGUUCCCGUCCGGUGCCAGCACCUCAACCAGGACCAUUAUUGGUGGAGGUCACUUUGCUACGCGGGACCCGAAGUGGUCUUGGAUUCAGCAUUGCAGGUGGUGUGGGCAACGAGACAGUGGAUGGUGAUUCGGGAAUUUUCGUAACCAAGCUCACUGCGGGCGGGGUGGCAGAAACUGAUGGCCGUAUUUCCGUUGGAGAUCGGAUAGUACAAGUGAAUGAGACCUCGCUGGUCGAGGUUACUCACGAUCAGGCCGUGCGUGCACUUCGACAAGCUGGGGACCAUGUGCAUCUGAUUCUGGUCAAACAGAGCGUACAUCCGUCACGUUUGAUCUGGUCCACUGAGUUAACUCUUGAAACAGCCUUUCCCUCGUGCGAGGAUAGCUGUAUCAAUUUACUCCCAGGUGGCAGACUGUCUGAUCUAGAGUAUGCAGACAACAUUGUGCUACUAAGUGAAGAUCCAGAUUACGAUGAACAAGUAUCCUCGCGUCCAGAUGAGACUAGUCCAAGUUCACCACGCAUGAAGCAGUCAGAUAAAGCCCCUUCAAGUCGAGCGGGAGAUAAAGUACGUAAUCCGGCCGACCUGUGCAGUCCGAGGUCAUCACCGAUGGCUGCAUCGUCACAGGGUGAUUACGAGAGAGCAACGGUGGAGGAAUCUUUGGGGGAUGUAAAUUCCCCAUACUUUACCCCGUCCGGUCAGGAAAUGAUCGAAGCCCAAAUGUCCGGAUUAAUUGAGUAUACAGCGGCUGCAUCCGUCGCGGAUCUCGUGUCCAAAUGGCCAAAAGCACGUUUAGUCACACUGCACCGUAACACACGCUACACAAGCACCAAUCAAGAACCGAAUGAUAAACGAAAACCUCGUCGUAGCCGUUCAGUUGGUGGUAGCCUUGGUUUGAAUAUUGUUGGUGGUGAUGGAUCCGAGGCGACAUUCGUCUCCCAGGUACAGCCGGACAAACCAGCUGGGUUGUCUAAACGUAUAUUUGUCGGCGAUCGACUCUUAGCCGUGAACGGAAUCGACGUGUCAGAACACGGACACGAACAGGCGGCUGCUGUGUUGCGUAGUGCACCGGAUCGGGUUGAUUUGGUUGUCGUCUACUGUCCAGACGAAUAUGCUGAAUUUGAGAAGUACUACUCACGACAGUUGAAAGCAGUAGGACACAAAAUGUCCUCGAAGACAGCCAAGCAACUUGCCGGAAUAACAAGUGUUAUCCCGACGGAGGAAUCAGAUAACUCGCGUCACGGAAACAGACAUCAUCGACCACGAAAGUCAAGCACCACUGCACCAUCUUCUGAAACAGCCAGUACUGGGUUAUCCGUCCCACCUAACUUCGAGGCCAAUGAGUUGUUUCUACGUUGUCAAGUUGAUUACGAGCCGAGCAAAGAAAGUCAUCAGGCUGUACCGAAAAAGGCAUUUGCACUGCGUUCCGGUGACCUAAUUUGUGUGAUCAAUUGGAAUGAUCCGGAGUGGUGGGAGGCGCAACGUAUCGACCCCAUGUCGAAUGAAGUGGCCGGUCCGAUUGGCCUUGUGCCCAGUCGACAACGCUUGGAACGACGUGAACGGACUCGUUCGAGGCAUGUGAAUUUCCUCGCCCGGGCCGGUCGUACAACCAGUGAGCAGCCGGGAUCUGUACUGGAACACACAGUAGCCCGAUCGAGUGGGCAUAUUGAAGGUAGUGGUGGUGGUGGCAGUAACGAACACGCCGUCACCACACCGACCACCACCACACACCGCAGAGACCAUUCGCUGGGUAUGGCUGUAUCGGUCACCUCGCUGGCAAGCAGUGGGACAAAGCAUUCGGAUCGCCGAGGUAAAACUUACUUGCCAAUAAUGGUAACCAUCUAA